AUGGACUAUGAUCGUCUUACCUAUGCCUCCAGUAUCUGUAAGAGCAAAGCUAAAGAAUCUCACCAGUAUUACCACAGCCUGGCGGUCCGGCAGAGUCUGGCUGUACAUUUUAACAUCCAGCAAGACUGUGGUCAUUUCCUUGCUGAAGUCCCUAACCGCCUGCUUCCCUGGGAAGAUCCUGAUACCCCUGAAAAGGCAGAGGAUGAAAUGGAAGAGAGUGAGGAAGAGGCAAAAGGAAAAGCUGAGGGGAAAAGCCCAGAGUCCUGCUCUGAAACAGAGUCAUCCCAGAGAGAGAGCCAGGGCAUUGCAAGCAGGAAGCAGAGAAGCCAUGUUGUAGUCAUCACCAGAGAGGUCCCUCAUCUCACUGUGGCCGAUUUUGUGCGAGACUCUCUGGCCCAUCAUGGGAAAAGCCCUGAUUUGUAUGAGAGGCAAGUGUGUCUGCUGCUCUUACAGCUGUGCUCUGGCCUGGAACACCUCAAACCCUACCAUGUCACUCACUGCGAUCUACGCCUAGAGAACCUACUGCUUGUCCACCACCAGCCUGGGGGAGCCACCCAGGGCCUUGGGUCUGCAGACCCAAGCCCUACCUCAUCUUGUCCCACAAGGCUUAUUGUGAGCAACUUCUCUCAGGCCAAGCAGAAGAGCCAUCUGGUAGACCCUGAGAUCCUCCGGGACCAGUCCCGCCUUGCCCCAGAGAUCAUCACAGCCACCCAGUAUAAAAAGUGUGAUGAGUUUCAGACGGGCAUCCUCAUCUAUGAGAUGCUGCACCUGCCCAACCCCUUCGAUGAGAACCCAGGGCUGAAGGAAAGGGAGUACACACGCACGGACCUGCCUCGAAUCCCGCUCCGCUCCCCCUACUCCUGGGGCCUACAGCAGCUGGCCAGCUGCCUCCUGAAUCCCAACCCCUCAGAGCGCAUCCUAAUUUCUGACGCCAAAGGCAUCCUCCAGUGUCUGCUCUGGGGCCCCCGCGAAGAACUCUUCCAGACAUUCACCGCCUCCCCAAGCCUCAUGCAAAGGAACGCCCUGCUCCAAAACUGGCUGGACAUCAAGCGAACACUGCUGAUGAUCAAGUUUGCUGAGAAGUCCCUGGACAGAGAGGGGGGCAUCAGCCUCGAGGACUGGCUUUGUGCUCAAUAUCUGGCUUUUGCCACUACAGACUCCCUGAGUUGUAUUGUAAAAAUUCUGCAACACCGUUAAUGUUGUCCAGAUGCUGCUUUUACUGCAUUUCCAACCCUUCCAAGGAAGUGUUGCCCCUGCGCUCCCCCAUCUUAGUACUCACACAGAAUUCAAGGAAAGAAGAGCGGUAAAGCUGGCAUCCCCGUCCAUGGACAAAUGCGUCCAUUGGGAAAGGUCAUCAACAGCUCCAAAUCAAGUGAGAAGCUGAGUCUUUCUUAACUUCAUAGAAAUUGAACUGCACAAGCUUGCAGUUACCUCUCCUUGGAAUACUUUCAUCAUAAUAGCCCCACAAAUAACAGGUAAAAAUGAAAAUGUACAUCCUUGAAGGUACAGCACCUAUGGUAUGUACUCAGUGAGCUGUGUCCAGUUCCAGCUCCUUCAUAACUCAAAGCUUACCUGUCUUUACAGCAAGUAUUCAUUCUCACUAGCAAUAGACAGACAUAACCAACCUCCACUGCUAUCCAGUAAGCUCUCACAACAGACUCCUUCUUCCUUCAAGGUGUCAAUAACUGACCCUUUACCAGGCAGACCUACCAUUCUCCAGUUUGUGUUACCAGAUUAUCUUUGUUCCAGCAGACAAUAGAAAGAAACAGAGAGAUUUCCACCCCUUGGAUCACAGACCCACUUUCAUUUCUCUUGUCAGUGUGUGUGUGUCAGUCCUAGCCGCCUCCUCUCUGCUGCCACUGCCUCUGCUCUGUCCCACUUGUGGCCCAUUACAGAGCUGAGCUGAGGUGGUGUCACUGAUGGCCUCAGCAGGGUGGGGCACACUGGAGAGCUUAUGAAUAGUUGGCAGGGACUGAAGAGAUAAUGUCCUCCCAUGUGUAGUUCUCCAGGGCCCAUCAGGGAACAGUCUUUUGAUUUCUGUCAAUGCUGUCAGCAUUGGCAGCCGGGCUUGCAGAGCCUGGAUCAGAGGUCCCCUCCUCCCCAACCCCAGGCAGUAAUUAGCCAGCUUCCUUCUGUCAGUAGCCAGUGUUAACUAGUCAACCAAAUGCGGUAGACUACAGCCCUGAGGGAAGUGCCUCAGUUCAACUCUAAGAUCUCCUUAGAGGGCACUGAGCGCUGACUGCUAGAAUGGCCAGAAGGCAGGGGACAGAGACAAGGUUACUGAUGAGACAGGUGACCUGUUCUUCAGCAUGCUGACCUCUUCCAGAGACACCACCUCACAGAGUCAGUGGUACAUGACUCCUAGGCCUCCAAAAUGACUCUGGAGUUCAGCACUCGGGAAGAUCGCUGGCUAAGGUGGGUAGCUGAGAGCCUGUGCUCCUCUCCAGUGGAUGUAUGUGCAAUUUUUUAUGUAUUUUCUUAGCUGUAUAUUACAGUGUUUGUGUUGCAACUUCGCCUGAAUCGAGAGCUACAGAAACCUUCCCCUCUUUCCUUGGCACAUAUUUACUCUAAGAGGCGUCCUUCCACCUGUGUGUGCGUUUGCGUGCGCUUAUUUUUAUUCAAAACUGUGAGUAUCUGUUUACUUCAGCCUUGAAAUCCCAAGAGUCACUUGAACAGUGAGUGUGUACACGUGUGUGCCAUGUGCAAGCACACACGUGCUGGGAGUAGAGACCAGGCCUCGGGGAGCCACCUGUGGCAAGGUUGACAGACGUUCUCUGCACCUUGGUGAUGAGGGAGCCCUAAGGCCUCUUAUCUACCAGUGCAGAGUGUUCUUAAAGCCAGGACUGAUUGUGCAGUAUUACUUAGAUGGCAUGUUAGUGGCCUUGGAAAUUUCUGAACUUUUAACGUUUUUAACAGCCUUUUUAUCUACUUCAUCUGUGUCAAGGAGGAUCAAGAAAGGAGAAGAACGUAUUUAUUUUUUUUAAGAGAAUGAUGUGUGAGGCUCCAUAUAGAGGGUGUUCCUGUCCUCCUGGCAAGCAGUACAGGACUCCCAGGAAAGAAGACUGUCAGCCCACAGAGAGUCUUGCCUCAUGUAGCCAGAACAGCUGUGGAGUAGGUAUGCUACUGCAGGCCAGCAGUCCAAUCUCUCAGUGUCCUGUGGCAUGGCUUAGGCCAUAUGAGCCAUGGCUGCAUCAUGCCUAGCAUUCUGGGGUUUGGUUCAUCUUAAUGUAGCCCGUAUGCACAUAAAUCUCUGCCUGAUCAUGCACUGAACUGACAGCACACAAACCACUGACCACGUCACCCAGCACGAUCUCUCAACCCCGCCCCAACUUUUGCAAAUUGAGACAUACCUUCUCAAUGUCAAUCUCAUGGUGCCUUGGCAUGUACAUUGGAAUGUUGACUAUGUAAUGAGCUUACAUAUUUAAUGCUGAAUGCUCCUGGUCCCUGUAUUUGUUCUCAUUCUUUUUCUUUUUUCCUGUUAGUCUUGAGUCCAGCCUUCACUUUCACUCCACAUUAGAACAAGCAUGGAUGCCUCCACUACCGUCAUUUUACAGCAUUGGUAAAACAAGCACCUCCUCAUUCCACACGUGUUCAGCACUGUUUUGCAAAGGGCAAAAGAUGAAGGCCAAACUAGAUGGAGAAGGGCUUGGGCUUCUAAGAGACAGGUGGCUACACUGACUUUCUCUGGGUGAUGGUCAAAGAACGUGACGGGGAGGCAAAGAGGGUGUUAUGACAAGCAGACUAGAGAAGAAAAUGCUUUUCUAGGCAAGAAGUCCAUCAGAUGGUCCUCAGAACACUUUUCUAAAAUAAUGAAAUUCAGUCAGUCUAAUGCUAUCAUAAAUAUUUUACAUUUUCAUUUUAAUUGUGGUAGGAACUUUGAAUUCAUUCAUCAACUGGAAAGAAAGCUUAACCUUCUGUAGACACAGAUACACAUGUAUUUCAUAUAGAUAAAUAGGUAGGUAGAUAGGUAGAUAUAUGAGUUUGGGAUUGCAAUAUAGCACUUUAAGUUUUCACAAGUAAUGUCAAGGUAUUGUCUUCAGUAUUGGUUGAAAAUCUUUUUCUUUCCUAUUGAAGUCUACACCAUUGAUUCUUCCAUUUAUUUUGAGAGUUUGAACAAUGAAGUCUCUAUUGGAACUUUUCCUUAAGCCACGUGAGCAUGAACAAUCUCUCUUGACACAUUUCAGUGCUAGGGAGAAAGGACAGUGGCUAGAGCAGCCAAGAACAAGAGUGAAUGUAUCUCAGAGUGCCUUGUUAGAAUAGCAACCUCGCCUUGCAAGGAGGAGUUGGGUAUUCCACAGAGAGGACUAAGACUGCAUAAGCCUCCCACACUGUGGAGGACAGCCUUUCUGGGAUGCAAGCACCGGUGUGAUGUGCAGAAGCUAAUCGCGAAGAACCCCAGCAGACUGAGAAAGAGAACAGUGAGAAUCGUGGAUAAAGUCCACCUAUCCUGGUGCAGAGGUUGAAUUGGAAGCCAGGACUAUGGCAGUGAGUUUCAGGACUUGCCCUCAGAAGGUGAACCGGGUGAGUGAUGGAGAGGCAUAAGCACCCAUACUCCCCAACUUACUGAUGCAGAGAGACAAAAAUAAAACACGCCAGAAUUUAGAGUCAGAGCAGCCUCCCUGUUGUCAGCUUGGUCAGGGGCUAGUUCUGCUUCCAAAUUCAGAAUACAUUUAUGAACAUGAAAAACUCUUAAGCCAAGAAAUAUAAACUCUAGAAAUAUUAAUGAUAUUUAUGGGAGUAAAGCUACCUAAAAUUGUAUGUUGAAGUAUCUAGUAAUAAAAUUCCCAUAAAAGAUCAUUGGGGCCCACCAAAUAAUAAGACAUAGAAGUAUUGCACCCAGCUUUCUAAGUUUGAGUUAGGAGUAUUUUGGUACAGGGAAGUCACCUGACAUUUGGUUUUGCUGGUAACAUGCAAUUAGAAUUUUUCCCUAGGUUUUAUUAGCAGUCAUCUGAAAAAUUACUGGCUAGUCCCAGAAGUUGGGAUGGGUUUAGGAUGCUACACUAUAUUUCAGGUGAUUCAAGAUGUGUAAAGUAUGAGCUAGUUGAAGAAGAGACGAGGAACUCAGUUCCCUAGGCCAGCUCUGGCAUGCGUUUCCUUCCCCUCACUAGUGGAUACGGAUAGAGUUCUGGUCCAGCUUAAUGAACGAGCAGGAUGGCUGCCCAUGAAACUGGGUUAUUAGAUUUACCUCAUUGAAGCUCAUUCUCAAAGGCCCAAAGUGCUGCGCCCAGACAAACCCAAGAGUUGCUCUCGCUCAAGUGUGCACUGAAACCCAGCCAUCCAUUCUCACAGCAGCGCUGCAGAUGGGGAUUCUAUGGACCAAAACCGCUGCCCUAGGAAAGUCAGAAGAGCCAUAAUGCAAGAUCCUAAACAGAGAUCAUACCAAAGAAAUCAAGCGUCUUACCCAGAUAUGAGGUAGAGCUGUGACAGAUGGCCAGGAGAAGGGAAUUCACGUACAUUCCAUGUCAGGGUAUUCAGCUGAUAAAAUAAAUCCAUCCUCAAAAGUACAUCUAUUUUUUUAAAAGAAGUCCAUUUUGUACAUUAGAAGAAAAGUAAAAUGAUGAUAGAGGAAGCCAGGGCAGAUAGUGAAACUCCAGUAUCUAAGCAAACUAAUUCUUUCAGCCCUGUUAGCAUGGCUGUGGCUGGUGCCUAGACCUUAGCCUAGGAACAUCAUGUCUGUGAUUCUGAGACGGAAGGAGGGGUUUUGUUGUUAAAAGAGAGGCCAUUUCAAUAGGUUCAUUUAAAGAACUUGAGAAAUUUCUUAGCACGUGCACUGUUCCUACAAAGGUGUUUACCUUCAGCACCACCAUCAUUUAGUAUUUACAAGUGCCCAGACUGUACAAGGUGCUAUGCAGCUGUUAAGCCCUCUCCCUGCAGCUGUUUGAAAUUAGAGUAGAUCUCUGCAUCCAUCACUACUAAAGCUUUGCCCACCCACUUGGCCACAAGGGCCUACAUUCCAAGCAUCCCUACAUGUUCCCGCUUCUCAC